UUAAAUUGUGAUUAAACGCCAACGUUUCGAAUGUGGGUGCCGAAAUUGCAAUGACUUAGCAAGAAUAUUUUGCUUGUCAUACAUUGUACUGCAUUUUGUAAAUAUCGAUCUGUUCCUUGUCACCUCGUCUGAAUCAAAGAUGUGGUUACAAUAUUUGUUAGUAUGCGGAAUGCUUCAUCUUGUUGUUCUGCCGUAUGGAUCAGGAGUACGAAUACCUUUGUUUAUCACACCACUGAAAGCUUUACCGCAACCUUUUGACAUGACAUCGUCGUAUUAUCACCCUUCUGGACGAAAUGCAUUCUUCUCCCAAGUGACUACCUGGGAUGUUUGGCGAGCGACGAACCUUUCUGUAUCUGAAAUAUACAAUAGCACUGUUUUAAGCAUCAUUACCAAGGCGAAUUCCUUAUACCAAAGUUCCAUUCUCAAAACAGACCAGUUAAAUGUGCAUAUGUGUGGACCGGAUUGUUACGCGUUGAAUAUAUCUGAUAUCGAAUAUUAUAGUGGUUAUACCAGGGAAGAAUUGAACGGCCAAACUAAGCCUGCAAUAACUCUAGGACGUUUACAUGAAGCUGUUGUGACAUCGUUGGAACUUCAUUUCUGUUUCACAAUGAUGUUCAUAGAGAACAAGCUUGGUAUAUCAUCAUUCAAUGUCACAUUACCAGAAUGGAAGCUAUUCCUUCCUCGUAUAGCGUGGUUUGCUGUCCAGUGUAGAGCUGAUAUUUUAACCGUUGAACGUUCAGAGUUUGCUGAACUGGUGAGAGCGCCAGAUGAAGAUACCAUACUUAAUUACAAUUUAGCACAAUUAGAUUCAAAACUGAUUUUGCCCUAUCAAAAUAUUAUUGUCGAUCGAUCUGCGUUUGAAUAUGACACAAUACAGACUCGUACAACGGAAGAUGGCUCUGGAGAUUUGAACAAUUGGGUCAGUUUCCCUUUAUACAGGUACAUCAACAACACGACAAAUUUCAGCAUCAGAGAUUUGGAAAUAUUAUAUAAAUGGAAUAGUGUACAAUUGCAUGCCUUAGAGUUCAUACCAUUACAGAGCUAUGCCUCUUGCGAUGGUGCAAUAUCUUUGGACAGAACCAUGUAUAACAUCUCAAAAUCGAUUUUGGAAGAUUUUAGUUGCCCAGUUGCUUUAGUUCUUUCGAAUUCUGUUGGCCAUGUCCAAAUAAUAAAAUCUGAAAUUGGAGAUGCAUUUGAACUUAGCGUGUUCAAGAUUUUCACUCGCAGUACUGGUAUCGAAUCGUGGAUAGAAAUAGCUAAUAUUUUGGAACUGAAUUACACGGAUGGAUUAAUUAUUGAUACGGCACGUCUUCGAGAGAUUGUGAGGAAUUAUGGUCUCACACGAGAGUACAUAAUAAAUAUAUCUGUUCCUCAAAUAAUACUAAACUAUAUUUCACUAAAUGAAUCAACGUAUAUUUCCAAACACUACGUACCAAUGUUCAAUGAAUUAUUAUCAACGUAUGGUUUUACUCCCAAUGAAUUGUUCGAAGCAUCAGAAAAACCUGUCAUGGAAGGAACAAUUACUGAAGUUCAUCAAUUGUUACUAACAACUAUAUCGUAUCGCUAUAAUGUUCAUGAUAUCACAUCUUUGAUUGGAUACUCUGAGUAUUUUCGUGAUGAUUUUGAACUGGCCGCUUUGCCCUCUUCCCAAUGGUCUGAUAUUAUUGACGCUGUUAUUCAGCAGUCGUUCAAGCAAGUCAUGGAGGCAUUCUCGUACGACCUUCAAAGUAAUCCAGACACCGUUUCCAUUUCUUCAAAACCGGACAAAUUUCAGACAGUUGAAACAACCAAACUAAGUUCCUUUGAUGAGUUAUAUAUAAAUCGUAUUGCCUCUUGUUUGUUUAGCAAGACUAACGAUUCCUUCUCGGUGACGAAUUUCAAAGACUAUCAUAGAUUUUAUAACAAUAGUAUGGCAAAGACAAUGAUGAAAAAGAUAGUGUUUGAAACUGAGAGACUUGACAAUCUUUUAAACCAUUUGGGUUUGAGUUUGACAAAACUUGACAAUGUAUUUUUGUCAAAGUCAGUCGAAAUGGCGACUGGUUUCCAGUUGUUUGAGAUACAGUGUUUGUAUGGAGAUUCUAUCAGCUCGCUGUUGAGAAGUGGGAUAAAAUGGGAUGAUGUUUGGAACACAAAGUUAUGUUAUUCAUUUACAAACCUUACACUACUACAGAUUGUCACUGCUGUCAAAGAUGCACCAACUGUGAAUUGUGGUAUGUUUUUCUGAUUCAAAUUUUAGUGCAAUUUAAUGGACUAGGUAAAGGAUGGGCUGCAAUUGUGUGAUGUCAGUUCCAAAUUUUGAUGUUACAUUGUUUGUUAGCUAUCUGGUAUAAGAUAUUUUGUCACUAAGCGUUACAGGAAUGCAAAUAUCACUAAUCCAGUUCACCCCAUUUAGAUCUUCGUAGAGGCAAAAAAUAUGUUAAAAAGUAAAGUAGGAUUGACAACUGUCAACAUACCACUUCUUGAUGUAAUUUAUUUUCCAAUGGUAUAGAAUAGUUUUUUGUUUCUUUUUGCGGCAUAUUUAACGGAAAAUUCACCAACAUUUUCUGUUUGUUACAUUGUUUUAUUUCAGAUAGCUACACUCAUUUUAUGAUAACUAUCUAUUGCAUGUGUAAAAAUGUAUUGUUGCGAUUUUCUGAGUGAAAUACGGAUGUAUUUAUGUAUGCAUUUGCCCUAGAGAGCAUACCCGUGGAUUCUCUGGAGUUCCUUUGGUGCUUUAUAUUAUUAAGUUUUCAGUGUUUUGGGUUGGAUUUCGAUUUAGUAAUAAUGCAGUUUAUAGUCUUCAAAAUGGUCCCCCGACGCGGAAAAUGUCAUAGGAGAGAUUAUAUAUUUUACAGAUUUAUCGACUCCACUCCCUACAUUGACUGCACUGUAUUGUGCAUAUAUACCCUUGACAUCUGUACAUGUAACACGUUUCUACUGUGAUGGGCACCACGCCCACGUCCUCUUCCGAUUUGACUGGAAAAUAACGAUUCUGAAUUGAUUUAUUUAGCAAAGUUUUCGAUCCAUCAGGAAAAAAAAUUAUUAUCAUUGUGCAAACUUGCAAAGAACUAACAAGACGUCAUGUCAUCAUUAUACUGAAAUCUUAAAUACAGUAUUUCAGAACCAUCCUCAUGCAGAGAUACGAAAAACUAGUUUCAUAUUAUUCUGACACUGCAAUAGACCAACGAAAAAUUCGUUGGCUCGAGCGGGAUUUGAACUCGCAUGCAUCUUCGGGUAUCUAGACCGCCGCUCUACCCAUUGAGCUAUCGAGUCAACGGGGAUUGGUAGCGAAUCUUAUCCAAUUUAAGUGCAUGAAAUAUUUUCGUGACGACUUAACGCUUGUCUUGUCCGUUGACUCGAUAGCUCAAUGGGAAGAGCGACGGUCUAGAUACCUGAAGAGUUCAAAUCCCGCUCGAGCCAACGAAUUUUUCGUUGGUCUAUUGCAGUGUCAGAAUAAUAUGAAACUGGUUAAAUACAGUAUGUUCUACUGAAACCUCGGAGAACACCCAAGCAAAGUUUUAUAUUUUUCUUUUCGAUUUUUCACAGUAUUUUCUAAAACUCGUGAGACGUGAUAUCAAGACUGUCUUUUCAGGUCGUGUUUCGUAAGGCAUACAAUUUAAGUUCAGUAACGUGACCGGCUAAAUUGUCAUCGUUUUCUCCUCCAGGACAUUACAAGCUUAGAACACCAAAACGUCGACGUUAUCCACACCACUUUCUUGUAUCCAUAUUAUAAGUUAUAAAUAGCUACUCCGAAUGAAAACUGAACCAGUUACCUUUUUUGUACGUAUUUGCCUAUAUUUAUGUACUUUUCACGUUUCGCUGGCCCACGGUAGCUAGGCAUUUAAUAAUAAACUAUUUUCAUGGAAAAGAAGAUGCCCAACGUUUGCCCUCCCCUCCUGUUCAGGUAUUUUACAUUGAUGUGUGCAGUACCAUUUACGUUGCUAUUGCAAUAAUUUUUUGUAGAUGUUGUCGACGUCGAUGAAUGCGCUCAACAAUCACCUUGUCAUUUGGAUGCUACGUGUCAAAAUACCAUUGGCUCGUACACAUGUGUUUGUAAAACUGGUUAUGUUGGGACAGGAAUAAUUUGUGCUGGUAAGAUAAUAAAAAACCACAGAGUGCAUGGCGAUAACUUUGUAAUAUGGAUCAGAUUCCAGUAGAAGUUCCAUCUUGAAACUCGAGAUAUGAGACAAACAAAAGGAUAGCAUGCAAAGAUUCAACGUAUAAAAGGUCUGAGUCCGCGACUGCGAAAUUCUUCGCGAGAAAUUGUGUCUGCGAAAUACGAAUAGUUGCACAUGAGUUAUUCUAAAAAUUGAAUUUUCCCACAUUUUUCGCUUUCGCUGUGAAUAGAACACUACUGUAAAAACUACUGUAAUUUAUUUCGCGAAGACUAAUUUAUCUUUACUGCGCAUGUACCCAGUGAACUAUAUACAUGGAAGGCUGACUUCAGUCAGUUACGUAAUCAAAAAGUGAAGCCAAAGAUGGCGGAUUUUGAAGGCAUUCUUGCGCGUCAUUCUCAGUCUCCUUACCCGCGCGGCCAAACAUGUUCAACUUUAAUGUAUUUUGACUAUUUUCAUGGCGGGAACCAAUCGGUCCGCGACUCUCGGGUUGUGUUUUUCUUCAUUUUAAAAGAGCAAAGAAGGAAAUAAACUUCAUUUAUUUCUUGUAAACCUGAUUUCCUUCAUCUAAUCGAUCUGUCUACUGCAUUUUCCCACUGUAUGUGUGAGUAAAUCUGUAUUUUUCUUUGCGAAUUCAACAACUAAUUUCAAACUUUUUUUGUUUUUUUGAAUAUUAAAAAUCUGUAUUUUUUUAAAUUGGGAAUUUAUUUUUGCUUUGGUUGUUUCGCUUUCUUGUUUUUAUGGUGCUUUUCAGUUUUCACACCAUUAUUUAGCUUAUUUUAGUCCGUUUUCCUGACCUAAAACUGCUUUUUAACUGCAGUUUUCGAGACAGUUUUUAGCCAAUUUAAUUUCAUACAUGUAAGAAAAUUUAGUUUUUUUAUUUUUUAUUUGAUACUAAUCACUUUGUUGAUUGCCUUAUAAACUUAAACUGUUUAUUUUAAUGAGUUAUUUAUGUGUGUGAAACCCUUGUCAACAGGGGCAAUACAGAUAUUUUGAAAGAUUGAGUGACAUUUGUAUUUUGUUUUGUCACUCUUUGUCAUUUACAAAAACAACAAUCCCGCGCUAUUUUGCUUUCUUUUCACUCAAAUAUCGCAUCUUUUAAAUGAAUAAUAAUUAAAAUUUAGAACCGAACCCAAACAAAACACCAGAAUUCAACUUUUCAUUCAAAUUUCGCCUGUUUUUCACCAGAUUUUUACUCGGAAAGUAAAGAAAAAUACAAAAGUUUUGUUGACCGCGCAUGUAAGGGGACUGAGAAUGACGCGCAAGAAUGCUUCCAAUUUCCGCCAUGUUUGGCUUCACUUUUUGAGCUCGAGUCAGCCUUCCAUGCUAUAUAGUUCAGUGCAUGUACCUAAUUAAUUUCGCGCGAAAUUUUUUCUCGCGAAGACUAAUUUAUCUUUACUGUGCAUGUAUCUAAUUCAGUUCGCGCGAAAUUUUCGCGUGAAGAAAGCGCUUGUGAAAUCAGGCCUUUAUGCAGUGUUUAAAGUUUGCGUUGUCUGCAAGGGCCCACCCUAGUAGCGAAGUAGUUGUAGUUCGCUACUGUAGCGAACUACAAUUUUCAAGUAGCCAGUAGUUUUUGACUACUUUUUUAAAACAGUAGUUGUAGUUGUAGCGAACUACAUUUUGCCUAAAAGUAGCCAAAUAGUUGACUACUUUUCAAACAGCGAAUCGCUAUUCGCUACUUUUUAAAAUUGUUAGCAACCGUUCAUAGAAUAGAAUGAUGAUAAGACGCGGCUUGCUUAAAAGAUUAUUUUAUAGAGUAAAGAUUAUUUUAGCGCAAUGAAAAGUGGCACUCCUGAACACUGUAGUGCUUAUAAAAAUGUUGCUUUGACCCUUUUUGUUUACUGUUGCUACUCGUAAGUCGAUUUGUUAUAGGUUAUAUUACAGACUGAGCUACAGUAGUGGAUGCUCCAAAUACAGUAAAACUAAAAAAUAUAGAAUAGCGAAAUAGUUCGCUACAUUUUUUAAGCAGUAGCUGUAGUCAGUAGCGAACUACCUUUGUUCAAAAGUAGCAGUAGUUGUAGCUGACUACAUAUUUUUGAAGUAGCUGUAGUUAUAGCGAAUUACAAAAAUUUUGUAGUCAACCCACCCUUGGUUGUCUGUUUUUGUUUUUUCAAGUAGAGGCUACGCUUUGCAAAGCAUAAUGCUUAAUAGUACGUUAAAGUAGUCCGUACUCCUGACGAUGUAUUUGUGCUGGCUAUUUUUGUCAUAUAUUAGGAGACUAGCCAAGCAGCGAUGAGUUACAUUAACUGUGUUACAAAAUACACAAAAUAUCAAAAACCUGAUACUUUUUAAUUUUUGUUUACUUUUCUCGUCUGUUCAUUUCUCAAAGUAAAACUUGUAAACCUUUUCACUCUAGAUUUUGACGAAUGUAGCAGUUCCUCAGUUUGUCAUUCCGAUGCCAGGUGUCAAAAUACUGUUGGUUCCUAUACAUGUUCAUGUAAAACUGGUUUUACAGGAAAUGGGAAAACUGUGUGCACAGGUCAGUAUAUACAGCUGAGAUAAUUCAGUUAAGGUUGUUCUCUGAAGGUCAAAACUUUCGACCUCCGAGUGCAAAAAGCACAAUGGAUAUUAUUAAGAGAUUGUUUAUGCAUACAAGCUGGCACUAUAAUUGUUAUGUUUUGUAUUAAAUAAAGUAUAUGUCUAGUAUUUACGCUAUUCAAGUGAAUUUAAUUUCUAACGGAAUGUCCCACAAUGUUAAAAGUUUAAAAAUCCAAUGAAUUCUGAUGGAUUUGCGAUUGAAUUGGGAUAGGCAAGCAAAUAAAAUCCGAAUUACGUGAAUAUCGCGGGAAUUCGUAAAUUAUAAAUCGCUUUUUUGCGCAAACGUAAGAUGACAACAAAUUUCAUGUAAACUUCUGAAAAACAGAUCUUUAAAGGAUUUAGUUUGACCCUAUAGUAUCGAGGGCUGAACUUCCCGCUGGCGGCCAUUUUAUGGGCCGAGUAAUCUGGAAGAGCUUUUUGUGAUCUGUCGUAUAUCUAGACCGUCCUUUGAGAAUACUUGAUUCUUAUUGGAAAUGUACCAAACAAGGUACUUUUAUUGUUAUUUGUUGAUUUUGGGUAAGACAAAACAAUAACAAAAUCCCGCGAUACCAUGUGGGUGCAGACACUAAUCCCCCACGCUAUAAAUGUUGCUCUUUAGAUUUAAUUUAAUUUAAAUAAAAUAUCAACUCUAAAAUAUCAAUGAAUUUUUCAAAAUGCAUUUUUCGGAACUUGUUUUGCUUAUUUAUUAGACACGGAACAUCAUUUGUGCAAAUAGUAUAACAAGUUUCUUUGUAUUUGUGAAGCGCUCAAUCCAGGUUCAUCCACGCCAUCGUCAUCAUCAGACAGCAAUAUCGGCGUCAUUAUCGGAGUCGUGGUCGCAGCGAUGGUUAUCAUCGUAAUGGUAAUUUUGAUAGUCGCUUGGUUUUUCUAUCGAAGAAAGCCUGAGAGGCAGAAAAGAGAAGACAUUGGCAAUAUUCAGAAUGCGGCUUAUGAAGGUGACGCACAACCGCACAGAAGAAAACUGCCCCAAGUACCUUAUUCUGUUGGUGGUUAUGAAGAACCAUCAGACUAUGCACAACUUGACAGUUCCAAGAGAGUUCCCAUUGAUGCAAAUUAUCAAACUUUAAUACACAAAGACAAACAGGGUAGUGCCACUGAUGCAGGAGAUUAUAGUGUGCUGGGAAGAGUAGAUAAAAAUGACGAACGGUACACUUCGUUGAGGAACAAAUCUGGAGUUGAUGCGGGAGAAGGUUAUGUCACUGUGAUGUCUGGGAAUGACGCUACUAAAGAAUCCAUAUACGAGGAAUUACCUUAGUUUAACCAUGCACUGAUCUAGAAAUGCGAGGUUUAGUGUGACAAUAAAAAUGGAAGUCAGCUUAUAACGCUUAUAACAAUAAAAAUGGAAGUCAACGUAUAACAAUAGUAAUUUGUUUAGAUAGUACGAAACAAUGUACUGAUCAAACUUUAUUGAUUAUAUUAUGGACAUGUGGUAUGGUUCGCUCACGCAAAGUAAUACUUUUUUACUUUGCCUUGUAACCAUGCCUUGACUCAAGAUUAAAUAAAUUUUUUACAAGUGCUUUCAGUGAGUUCCGCAGUGGCGUAGAGAUAACGGCGUGUGUACGUACGAGUUCAUACGUCGUGGGUUCGAAUGCCUGCAAGUCUUUCUCGUUCUUUUUCGCAUAUUCUUAAUUUUGACUUUCUGGAGUUAAGGCCCUGUCACACUAUUGCGUAUGAGAGAAACGUAUGAAAAUUAAUGAAAUAAUUUUCAUACGCACAAAAAUCCUUUGAAAUGCCAGCGUAUGAGUACCGUACAUCUGGCGUACCUCUAGCGUAUUCAGCGUGUGCCUAGAGUAUGCUUAUCGUAUAAAGCAUACGUCCGAUACGCACAAAAUUUCUGAACAUGCUUAAAAAAAAUUUUCUUCCUCGCCGUAUGCCAGCGUAUGCCACCGUACUUGAAACGUAUACAACCUAUGCCUAACGUACCCCUGGCGUAUGCCAGCGUAUACCGGCGUAUGAGUGAUAUUUUUCAUACGCUGGCAUACGCUAGUACGAUACGCAAUAGCGUGACAGGGCCUUUAGGUAUAGGGUUGAGGUUAGACUUGCAAGUUCGGUUUGAUUUAUUUUAUAAAAAUCUGAAAAGCAAACUUCAAUUCGCAGCAACUGAAGGCUGCCAACCUUUAUUCUGGUCUGAAUACUCUGGUUACAGUUGAAAUUAUUAAAAUACUUCACGCACUAGCUUACCAAAGUCACAAAUCGCUCUUUAAUUUUGGUAUUGUGAUCUUUUGACUUGGUAUUCGGAUUUCAUACGUUUUGCGGACUUCUUAGGUAUCGGCGCACAAGAUAUAAAAAAUUUGAAAUCUUAAGUUUCCGGAAAUUCCACUUUAUGAAGAUUUUACCAAAGUAGGAAUAUUAUAAAAAGUGCACAUUUCAGGCUUUAUGAAUAUAGGUAAGAUAUUGCUGAAUAUAGGGGAACAAGAUACAGCUAAUUCAAAAAAGACAUAAAAGGUUGUCCUUCAAACUCAAAUCUUAAACUCUAAGCGCGUAAAGAGUGAUGGGUAACUUCUUUUUAGAGCUUUUGAUUAGGCAAAUAAUCCUAGUACACUGCUAGUUGUACAUCGUAAGUGCUUAUUAUCUGUCUUGCCAUAGUUGCAAUUGAAAAUACGCACGUUUUAGGCCUUAAGUAAGAGGUUACCCAUCACACCUUGCGCGCUUAGAGUUUAAGGUUUGAGAUUUUCGAAGGGCAUCCUUUUUUUAAUUAGCUAUAUAUAGAAAACGUUUGUUUUACCGCAGUUCGGAAAUUUCUUGUAUUGAUAUAACAGUCACUUAGUUACCUCAAAUAUUUAACUGCAGUGAUAAUCAUAAACUUAUUCAGGUCAAAAAGGCAUGUUUUAAACCACUGCUGUAUUUAGAAUGUCAUUUUCCUCAAUUGUGUAAUGCAAUGCACUUCUUGUAUAAUUAUAAACAAUAUAUAAUUAUG